AGGGAUAGUUAGCCGUGUUUCGAGGGGACAAUGGGAGAAAGUUCUGGCUAACCGUUGCUAACUAACGGCAGUUGUUAGCUGACGUUAACGUUACUGCUAGCGAGCUGGAUGUUGGUGGGAAUUUCAGAGCUAAAUGUUUGUCAGUAUUGAGCUGUAAGAAAACUACAGUAUCUUCAUUCUGUAAAGAGGUAGUUAACCACAUGGCGAGUCAGGGCAAAUAGGCAGUGGUGUACGAAGUACUCAGACUAUUUAGUAAAAUCCCCUACCAUUCCUUCACCAGUCCGGUGGUCCAGUCACACACCAUGAACACCAGUAGGAACUGCACCACAGUGGGGAAUGCUGAGGGUCAUGCUGCCCUUGAGUCAAUCUCUAUUAUGACCAUCACACUGCUCGCCUGCUUGGGGAACCUCCUGAUUGUGGUCACCCUCUAUCGCAGGCCUUAUCUGCUCACACCCAGCAACAAGUUUGUGUUCAGCCUGACCCUGUCCAACUUGCUGCUGUCCAUGCUGGUGCUGCCGUUUGUGGCUGUGAGCUCGGCAAAGAGAGAAUGGGUGUUUGGGGUGGUGUGGUGCAACUUCACUGCCCUGCUCUACCUGCUCAUCAGCUCUGCCAGCAUGCUCACCCUUGGAGCUAUUGCCAUUGACAGGUACUACGCAGUGCUCUACCCCAUGAUCUACCCCAUGAAGAUCACAGGGAACCGGGCGGUUGUUGUUAUUGUCUACGUGUGGUUGCACUCCUUGGUGGGCUGUCUGCCUCCCCUGUUCGGCUGGUCAUCCUUCGAGUUUGACUGCUUCAAGUGGUCUUGUGUUGCGUCUUGGCACAGAGAGCUGAGCUACACGGCCUUCUGGGUCACCUGGUGCAUCCUUCCCCCCUUCUUCAUCAUGCUAGCCUGUUACGGGGUCAUUUUCCGUGUUGCCCGCAUGAAAGCUCGUAAGGUCCACUGUGGGACGGUUGUCGUGGCUCAGGAUGACCCCGCUGGAGCUCAAAGUAGCGGACGUAAAAACUCGAGCACCUCAACUUCCUCAAAUGGAAGCCGGCGGAGCCUUGUGUACGCAGGAAGCCAGUGCAAGGCCUUCGUCACAAUCUUAGUGGUGAUAGGCACCUUCCUCAUGACCUGGGGGCCAUAUGUUGGUGUGGUGUGUACCGAGGCUCUGUGGGGGCAGGGGAGUGUUCCUCAGGGGCUGGAGACUCUGGUAGCGUGGCUGUCUUUCUGCAGCGCUGUGUGCCACCCACUCAUCUACGGCCUGUGGAACAAAACUGUGAGGAAGGAGCUGCUGGGGAUGUGCUUUGGUGAUCGCUACUACAGAGAGUCAUUUGCCACACGGCAAAGAACGACCCGACUCUUCAGUAUCGCCAACAGAAUCACAGAUUUGGGAAUGUCCCCACACCUGACAGCCAUGCUAGCUGGUGGAGGGCAGGUGUUGGCCCCUGGGAGCAGCACAGGAGAUACGGGCUUCAGUUUCACUCAGGAUUCAUGCACAGACGUGAUGCUGCUGGAAAACUUCUCCACAGACGGCUCUUCCCACCAACAGCACCAUGGCGGUGUGUCUGGGAAGAGGAGGAGCUCAGUCACCUUUGAAGACCAGGUGGAGCAUUCCAAAGCUGAAAACACCAACACAUCCUCAGUCCAAGUCCAUGCAGAGGUACAUACAUCUCUCGACAGCUUUGCUUCUUGCCUGGCAAAAGCUAUAGAGAGUGACGCUAAGCUCACUCUCUUUGGGGAGGGCUUGAUUCUGCCAGAUGGACUGUUUACAACGAGGACAGUGCCAAGACCUAGAUACCUGGACGGUCAGAGACUAAGGCUGGAGAGUAUCGAUGAAGGGAUUGUCAAAGACAACAGAGAUGAAGAAGAGCAGGAUGUGGAAGAAAAAAUGGCCUGAACACAGCUCAUCUUGUCACUUGUUGGACAUUAACAGACCAGAGUUAUCUCACCAGUGAACCAUACGGGUUUCACACCCUUAUCAAGAGUAUAUACAGUCAUCCAGAGUCAAGCUUGUCAUGCUUUGUGGUGCGGUUAAUGAAGUCUGACUACAAAUGGGUUCUCCUUACUUGAAGUUAUUAGGAAACAGGAACAGACACAUUAUUCAUUCCAUUAAACUGGACCAAUUGCAUACUGUCAGCAUCUUUGUAGGCUUUUGUAGGGAUUAAUGCAGUCAAAUAAGAAGACUUUAACUUCAAUGGUUUGAUUGUAGUCAGUUAUUUUACUACCAUGUACCAUGUAUGUCCUCAGAUUUAACAAGAGCAUGUGCCUCAUUAGGGCUGGGCAGUAUGAAGGAAUAUUACAGCAUUUUCUAUUUUCCAAAGGACUUUUAUCAGAUCCUUUUAAAACUUGUUAAUUACAGUAACGUUAUAGGUUUCAAUCCCAGAUUCUUCAGCUGUUUGUCAGUUCAAACUUAGCCAGGCCCUAAUGCAGGGGUGCCCAAAGUGGGGCCCGCAGGCCAAGCUUGGCCCGUGGGGACAUUUCUUGGCCCCCCACAAUUUAUUAUGCCACCCCAGUUCUCAGGUCAAGCAGCUCCCAGCUCGGCUCGCAACCCGCCAAUAAAACAAGGAGAAGAAGAAGAAGAAAAAAAAGAAGAACAACAACAACACGAAGAACAGAGCAGUAGCAAGCAACAUGGAGAACAGUAGAUGGUGGCACACAGACAUAAGGCAUUUUAAACGAACCUGGGAGGAAGAAUAUUUUUUUACGGAUAUUUAUUCUAAGGCGGUCUGCUUAAUUUGCGGUCAGUCUGUCGCUGUGCUAAAAGAGUACAAUAUCCGCCGGCACUAUGAAACGAGGCAUGCAGCAUUCUCAAGGUUCAAAGGCGAGGCACGGAAGACAAAGAGCCGAAAGUUGUUAGCUAAACUUCGCUCACAACAAAACACGC